GCAACUAUGAGGUUGGCUUCCAUGUAUAGAGACAGAAGGUGAUGUUAUGGCAUUUGGUGAUUUUGAUGCAGGUAUCCUCAUGGCAUCUGCUACAUCAUGGUACACCACCAAGUUUUAACCAAUAGUUUUUGAGUUGGCUUGAAACAUAUCCGCUUUUAGGAAAGAUGAGCUUUACCAGUAAAGGGGAGGAUGAGUUUUAGAUUUUGUUGAUUUGCCAGUUCUAAAAGCAGAUUUUUUUAUCACAUGCAAUUGAACUGUACUUUGGAUGAUUAUGACCAUGGCUUGGAGCAAUAUUUUGCCAGAGACUGAUUGGCAGCAUAAUAAUACUGGCACAUCUCAUUUAGCUAUUGUAGAUACUCAUUUCUUGGGUAGUUUUUAGAUGGAUUUAUGAGAUAUUCAUUGCUUGUGAAGUCUGAGCCUUACAAUGUUCUACAUUUAUUUGCCUUAGUAUGAGCUUUGUACUCUGAAUGGAUAUUUGCAACCUGCCAGUUGAGAAUGUUCUAUGGCUUUAGGGAGUGAAACAUACGCUAGAUUAUGUGGAUUUGCAGCGAAGAGUAUGCAUGGGCUCAUUCCAUGAUUGUGUGCAGAAUUAAUAUGCUGUUAUUGUGUCAAAUGCCAGCCAAAAUUUAGUUGGUGGUUCAAAUCUCAUUCUUCGAGAGAGUCAGAUCUGGGAUUGAGAGUGAUGAUAUAAUUCGGUACCAUCAUGGCAAACAUGAAGUUUGAUAUUCUGUCAUUCAGCUUAUGGUUUUACCUGUUUCUGCAGCACCGUAAAUGUCUGCACUGAAUGCAAUGUAAACCCAGGUCUUCUAGAGGAUAUUCACAUGCUGCUGGUUUACCUUAGGUGCUGGGAUUUUGAUUCCAUGUAUCAGACUACACAAGUUUAUGAUUUGUGAAUAUAUUUUUGUUCUGUUUGUGGUUUCAUCUGCUCAGCAACAGCAAGUGAUGGCUCCAGGCCGGAUUGGUACAUCAUCGUUUCACAGCUCUGACGAAGCCAAAGCAGAGAGCAGAUGCAUAGGCAUUUCUGUUGUGUACGGUUUAUUGGUGUAUCUUUUACUGCAACUGUGGUGAUCAUUGUCCUUUGGUCAGUUUCAUGUGUAAAGCCCUUGCAUGUACUACGCAUUCACAAUCAUUUGACCCUACAUGCUUUAUUUAUCAAUUGCUGGAGCAUUUCUGGAGCCAGUGCGUGCAAUGGGUGACAUACUGUUCGAAUGCCCUAUUCCCCAAUAGUUCAAACAUUGACUUCUUUUGUAUGACACUUUUCCCAAGAACACCUGGAUCCAUUUUAGACUUCUUGACUUCCAUAGGGAAAGUUGUGUUUGUAAUUGAUGACUAGACAGCUUUUUUUGUUUUGUGGAAAGGUAAUGAGUGAAAGUCCCGACUGUUUUCUUUCUCUGAUUCUGCAUUUGGUUUUGGCAUGCUGAUGUUGAGGCGAGCAGAAGACACUAAUUCUAUAUUUAGAUGCAAUGAUAGAAAUGUGAAUUAGGUCUCCCUCUAGACUGUCGCAAUCUUGUGGUAUCAGGUUUGUGCUCUGUGAAGAUGGUCAUGGUUUUUACUCAGUGCCUUAAGAUAUGUAUGUGCAGUUCAUUUUAUUUUGUUGGAAUCUGGACCAUCAUUUUGUGCCAAAAUUGUUAAGAGAUGGUAAGCAGUGCAUCUCACGGUUGUGAACAAUUUGCAUAACUAGUGCAUCUCACAGUUAUGAACAAUUUGCAUAACUCAUCAACCUUUGAUUUUGAAGAUAUGGUUUGAUAUCCUAGGUUUUGAUUUCCCGUGGCAGUUAAGAAUAAGACAGUUAUGUUAUUGGAGAACCUGAAGGGCUAUAUUUAUUUGAGGACAUGGUGGUUGCUUUAGUUCUGUUCUUUAUUCUUUAUUGUUAUGCAAGUGUUUUCCAUCCGCGAGGUAUGGACUUGCAAUUAAAUGAUGAAUCAGCAUAGAAACUGAUGGUUUGAUCAAGUUCGGUUUCCCCAGCAUUGGAUCAUGCUAGACAGGGACACUGGCCGACCUCGUGGCUUCGGGUUUGUUACCUUUGCGGAGCAAAGAGCAAUGGAAAAUGCUAUUGAUCAACUUCAUGGAAGAGAACUUAAUGGCCGUGUUAUCUCAGUGAACAGGGCCCAACCCAAGAUGGGCGAUCGUGAUGACUAUGGGUACGGUGGUGGCUACCCUCCAAGUGGAAGGGGAGGCAGUGGCUAUGGUGGUGGUGGUCCACCACCAGAUCGAGGAGUGGGUCGUUCUGAUUGCUUUAAGUGUGGCCGACCUGGGCAUUGGGCCCGAGAGUGCCCCGUAGGUGGUGGUGGGGGGGCCCGAUUCUCUUCAAGACCUAGGUUUUCCGGGGGACGAGGGGACCGCUUUGGUGGUGGAGAUCGAUAUGGAGACGAUCGAUAUGAUGGGGGGUCCAGAUUUGCUGAUAGGGAUCGGGACCGGAUGGACGGCCGGGAUGGGGGGAGAUAUGCGGGGAGGGAUCGAUAUGGGGGUGGUGGGGAUCGGUUUGCAGACCGAUACAAUGGGGGCUCAGAUCGUUAUGCCCCCAAUAGUUAUGGUGGGAAAGAGAGAGGAGGCUAUGAAAGAGAGAGUGGUAGAGGUGGCGAUCGAUAUGGGGGUGGUGGGCCAGCUAGGUAUGAAGGGAGCUAUAGAGAGAGGCCUGGUCCUUAUGAUCGACCACCUAGAGGUCGGCCUUCAUCGUAUGAUGACCGUUACUAGUGAGGCAGGUUGGGAACAGCGGUGGGGUUUGGCAGGAAGUCUAAAUGUUCAGGGUUUGCGAACAAAACAAAAGGUAGUCAGAACUUGCUUGAUCUUAGUUUAGUGUAGCUCUUGUGUCUAUCUUGCUUUGUCAGGGGUGUUGAAACUAAAACUUUGACUCGGAUUUUUAUGGCUUGUGUCGCUGUAUACAAUGGCCCAUCUGGCUGGUGACGAGUGAUGUGUUAGUGUUUGUGUGAAUGAUGGGCGUUACCGGUGUA